CCAGGGGCCAAGGGAUGAGCCGAGGCUCCCCUUCCCAAUGGCAUCGCCGCCGGCUCUGGAGCUGAAGACCCUGAGGAAUGGCCCCCAGACCCCCAGGAGACCAGCUCCUCAGGCCCCGGCGGCCCCACGCAGGGAGGGUGUGGAGAACGCCUGCUUCUCCUUGGAGGAGCAGGAGACCCAUUUCCAGAACCCCAGGGAGACUGGACUGGGCAGCUCCCCCAGCCCCCCGGGCGGCGGCCCCUCCCGGACCCGAUCCCAGCGGGACGACGUGUCACUGCGUUCGGAGGAAGGGCCAGGCCUGGAACCCGUGAGCCGCCCGGUGGAUUAUGGCUUCGUCUCUGCCCUGGUUUUCCUGGUGAGCGGGAUCCUCCUGGUGGUGACCGCAUACGCCAUCCCUCGCGAGGCCCGCGUCAACCCGGACACAGUGACCGCCCGGGAGAUGGAGCGGCUGGAGAUGUACUACGCCCGCCUGGGCUCGUACCUGGACAAGUGCAUCAUCGCGGGCCUGGGGCUGCUGACCGUGGGCGGCAUGCUCUUGUCGGUGCUGCUCAUGGUCUCCCUGUGCAAGGGUGAGCUCUACCGACGGCCCACCUUCGUCCCCGGCAGGGGCCCUCGGAAGACCUACGGCUCCAUUAACCUGCGCAUGAGACAGCUCAAUGGGGACGGGGGCCAGGCUCUGGUGGAGAAUGAAGUUGUCCAGCUCCCAGAGACCAGCCACACCCUCCAGGCGUCUUAAGUAAGAGCCCCCUCAACUCUCUGGCUUCCAAAGCCCCAGGAUG